AUGGAUGCAAAAGCAAAACCUUCUGUAGAACCUUUGAAGUACCAGACGUGGUUCUUGAAAGUUUCUAUCCACUGUGAUGGUUGCAGAAAGAAAGUAAAGAAAGUGUUGAAGCGCAUUGAUGGUGUUUUCACUGCAACAAUCGAUUCACAACAGCAAAAAGUAACAGUUACCGGAAAUGUUAGUGUUGAGACUCUCUUAAGGAAGUUGAUCAGAGCUGGAAAACCCGCCGAGAUUUGGCCGGAGAGUAUCGAUGUUAAGGGGAAAAACUCCGGCAAAGAGAAGAAGAAGAAGAAUGAGAAUGAAAAUGAACCAAAAGAAACACAAAGCUUGCAAAACAAGGGAACUGAAAGUGCUUCCAAGUGUGAGAAUGAAACCAAAAACAAGAACAAAAACUCAAAAAACAGUAACGGAGAGUUACCGGUAAAGUCUCCGGCCGGUAACAAUGUUGCUCCGGUAGGUGGUGGAGGUGGUUCUGAUAAUAAUAAGAAGAAAAAGAAAGAUGGGUGCGGUGGAAAUGGAACUGGAAACGGAAAUGAAAACGGAAACAAUGGUUUGAGCACAGUAGGUAAGAGUGGACUAUCACACGCUGGAUUCCAAUUCCAGAAUCUUGAUCAAGGUAUGGCCCACCAAGUGAAUCUCAGCCCUACACGUCAGCAACCAAUUUUUUAUCCAUCUGAAACAUGUUACCUUCCCAUGGCUUACGUGUCAUCAGCUUACAAUAGGUUAUAUCCUAUGGGAAGAGUUGGCGAUCCUUCUUAUUAUAUUCCAUCUCUACCCUACACGUGUCCUCCUAGCCUAGUUGAUCAAUAUGGAACUUAUCAACUUCAAUCAGCACCGUCGGUUUCGUUUGAGUUUUUUAGCGAUGAAAAUGCUAAUGGAUGUUCCGUUAUGUGA